AUGCGUACUGUACUGGCAAUUUUAAUCCCGUUGGUUUGUGUGUACGCUGACAACGCGCAAUAUGUGAACGUAAAGUCAGUGAAGGGUGGUCAUCAGGGAGGAUAUUACCGACAAUAUAACCCUGCAGCAAAACUACCAAAUUUCUAUGCAAACUCAACUCGAGGGUACGAAUCACAAAACGUAACUCAAGGUGGAUAUCAUCGAGAUUAUGAAAUUGGCGUCUGCUACAUCGAAGUUCCAACCGCCAGUUUAGUUUUCAACCAGGCCCAAGUACCGGCUGGAAAUGGUUCUCGUCCCGAGCUAAGUAGAAUCAGAUCAUGCUGCAAAGGCUACAUAAGGAACAUUCAUAACUUUAAAAUCUGUGAUCCCGUGUGCACGGAGGAAUGUGUGAACGCCCUAUGCACGGCUCCAGAGACGUGCACGUGUUUCCCCGAUCACGUGAAAAAUUUGGGUGGUUUCUGUAUCCCAACAUGCCCUAUAGGCUGCCAAAAUGGACAUUGCAGCGGCGGUGAAUGCCUGUGCAAAGAUGGCUUUGUUAUAGAUUCUGAAAGCAAAUAUUGUUUGCCAAAAUGCAUGGAAAAUUGUGGCGGAAUCGGAAACUGUACAACACCAAACAUAUGUUCCUGUCCAAGUGGUUACACAUCAACCAAUACUGGAAGCUGUAAGCCCGCAUGUGAUAAAUGUGAAAAUGGUGAUUGCGUGGCACCUAACAAAUGCACAUGUAAACAAGGAUACAUCAUAAGGGAGGCCGGCGUUUGCAUACCAGAUUGUCCCCAAAAUUGUGGACCAAACGGCAAGUGUGUUGCACCUGGUAAAUGUGAAUUUCCCGAAACAACUACAUCAAUCAUAUCGGCUUCCUUUCAACCAAUAAACAAGCAAAAUUCUCCACUUUAUCCUGGCAGUCAGGUAUACCCAGGGCUACAACAGACAGACCACCAAUACCCUGGGCGCCAGCCUGACCAGUAUGGAUAUCCGAGUCAUGAAGGAAGACCUGGUCAACCAGGUCACCCUAACCAGCCCGGUACUCAAAACCAACCAGGUGGAACUAGUCAAACAGGUUAUCCUAGCAGGCCAGAAGGACCUAACCAACCUGGAAACCCCAACUAUCCUGGAUAUCCUAAUAAACCCGGCCAAUCUAGUUAUCCUUACACCACAGCACAAGGAAAUCCCAAACCUCCAGGUCAACCAGAUCAAUACUCUCCUAAUCCUAAUCUAUACUCUCCUAACCAGCCUCAAACAGGCACUCAAAAGCACACCUAUCCUCCUAGUUCUGGUCUUUCAGGAACUCAAGUGCACGUAGAUAGCCAAGGUCAAACAGGCGAAUAUAAUCACGCGCAGAAUCUAUAUCCAGAUAUUCAGCAAUACAACCAAGAAUUUGAACCAUACUGUUCGCAACCCUGCAUUAAUGGAUAUUGUGUGGAAGGCAAUAAAUGUCAAUGUAAUCCUGGUUACGUACUUAAUGUGGAUAACUCUAGCGGGACGAGUUAUUGUGUCCCACAUUGCGCCGGCGGCUGCCACAACGGUGUGUGUUCUGCUCCUAACUUCUGCAUCUGCAAUAUGGGCUACUACAAGGACCAUAGUGUGAAAGGACGACCUCAAUGCGUGAAAAGGAAUAAACGAUCUGUGGAUACCCCAAAUGUCGCAAAACUACUCACAUUUAAUAUACCUGAUUUUAGAUAG